AUGGGUGGUUGGGAGGCCACAGGACGGGCACCUGUGGAUCGGCGCAUACAGCCUGAAGGACGUAGCAUCAGUGACUACGCAAAAAACAAGGAAAGGGUUUUUCAGCUGAUCCCAGCCAACCCUCCUCUUGAAGCACCCAUCCCUGGCCGCUGCAGGACUUGUGCUGUGGUGGGAAAUUCUCGUAAUUUGUUGGAAUCACAUUACGGACCUUUUAUAGAUUUCCAGGACUACGUCAUAAGAAUUAACAGGGGUCAUAUCAAAGGCUUUGAAGCAGAUGUUGGGAACAGAACAACGCACCAGGUCAUGUAUCCAGAGAGUUCUUCUCAGUUGGAUAACACCACUCGUCCAGUGCUGUUUACAUUUAAGAUAAGAGAUCUUGAAUGGAUUACCAGUGUUCUCAGCACACAACCUUCUGGAAAAAAAUCCCUAUUCAACAAGGAUUUGGUGAUGGUCCUUAACCCAGCUUUCAUGAGGAAUAUCCAUGAAAUGUGGCUGCAGAAGAAGGGAUCUUAUCCCUCCACCGGCUUCAUGGCUUUGGUUCUUGCUUUGCAUAUUUGUGACGAGGUCCAUGUAUUUGGUUUUGGAGCAGACAGUGAUGGAAACUGGAGUCAUUACUGGGAAAAAAUCCCCAACAACAAAAUAAAAACUGGACAACAUCCUGGAAACGUUGAGUAUGAAAUGAUCCUGCAAAUGGCAAAGCAUCAAGUACUCACAUUCUAUAAGGGGUGGUAAUGUUUCUAUCAGCAUCUAAUCUAUUUUAACAUUAACAAUGGAUUCCUUACCAAGCAAGUCUAAGAAGCCUUUAAGAGACAUCUCUUCUCGAAUCAACUCUCCUAACGGAACUAACGGAGACUGAACUGAUCUACACGUGUUGUGAGUUUUUGUGUUGAUGUUUGUGUUUAAACUACACAAACUGCUUCAGAGACAUUCACCCCACAUGGAUUCCAAUUCAUUGUAGGAUCUCAGAAGGACAUGUUUUUCUCUGCAUUUUCAUAUUUAUUGUCUUUUUGUUAUAAUGCACCAAAUAAAUGCAGUAGGAAAUUCUGGGGAAAAAGAAAAGUUUAAAAUAAUUGUCACGGUUUGGGUUCAUGUCUUGUUUUAUUUUGUAGUUUCAUGUCUCUUGUGUCCCUGGGGUAACUUCACUUCCUGCCUUGUCCUGUCUUCCCCUGUGAUUGUCUGUCAUGUCUGAUUGUUUCCACCUGUGUCCAAUCACCUGGACCCCUCCUGUGUAUUUAAUCCCUAUGAGUCUCUCGUCUCGUCAUUGCCCGUUUGCUUGUACCAUUGUUGAGUCGUGUCCCCAUGCCAUGUCAAGCAGUUAUUUCAUAGUUUAUGUUGUCGUUGUGCCAGGU